UGUCGUUGACUGACGUACGUACGUCGUGGCCAACAGCACGUGCUAACCGAGGCGGCGCGUGCAAGCAAAAAAAUCACAAAAAAUAUAAAACAGCAGCUGUGGUGGCCAGCAACAACAACAAUAACAACAACAGCAUCUGGAGGAGAGCAGCCAUUACAAAAACAACACAUACAACACUUCACACACACACACACAGCUUUGCUAUCGCAACAACAAAGACUUUGGGCUAGGCAAAGAGUAGGUGGAGGAGAAGGAGAGGGAGAGCAGAGCCAGGAGAGAGAGGAGAGCAUCUAACUUAAGUGAAAUUCAAGCGGAUGGAGGAAGGAAGAGGAAGCAGCAGGACAGUACAUCAAUGCAGGCUUACUGUCUGAGUGUGUGUGAAAGAGUGCGAGCGAGAGAGUGAGUGUUCGAAUGCGACAAUAAAUUAGCUGUAAUCUGCACCUUGUUAUUUGCACCUGAAUCGAAAUUAUUGUAUAUUUUUUUUGCCAUAACAAGCAAGUAAUCAAAGUAAAUUUACCAAUACACGAAACGUGAACGUAAUUCUAUUUACGCAAAUAAAACUCAACAAGAGGGCACCCGACGAAGAAUAAGAAGAAGAGAAGGCGGAUAAGUAGGCAACACAAGAAUUAGAAGCAGCAGCGCAAACAGGAUACUUAAAAUAUCAAGGCAAAUACACACGCACACACACACAGUCACACACACACAGCCCAAAGGAGGUUCAUAUUUUUGGCCGAAGAAAAAACAACAACCGCACGAAAUAAAUAUAAAAUAAACCCAACAACGCUGAGGUGUAUGGCCCAAAGGCAAGGCAAACAAACAGAGCCGAAAAAAGAAAAGGAAAGCGAAACAGAAACAGAUUCAGAAUCAGAAAGAUGCCAAAAUGCUGGACAGAGAUUGACGAGGCAGAGCACCUACAACAACAACAACAACAGCAACUGCAAUAACAAUAACAAGGCCAAGAAAAACGACAAGCAGCUACAACAACAACAACAGCAGUGACAACCGCCAAAUGUGAGCAGACAAGCGACAGCAAUUGAGAUAUAUUGUUUCCGCCAAAUCACGACGAUUAAGUCAUGAACGCACUCGAUAUGAAUAAACAAUUUCUGAGCGUCUCCCAGGACCAUCAGCAUCAGACGACCUCGGUGGCAGACCGGCGGAGUCGCUCCAGAUCGGAGCGUGCCUCGAGCCUGGCCCUGCCGCUCAACUCCCUGCUGGACUUCUACGACAAGCAGCAGGAGCAGUGCAAGUCGGUCACCCUGCUGCCACUGCCCAGCAACUGCAGCAACAUCGGCGACAGCAGCAACACCGGGGACAGCAGCAACAUCUCCACCAGCAACAGCAUCGUGCGGCGACACUCCUCCCACUACUAUCCCAUGCUCGAGGACAAGCAGAAGCCGUCGCAGCUGUCCCAGGCAGCCACCGAAAUGCUUGUAAACAUGACGGAGCAGAAAUAUGGCCAGUCAGCGCACCAGGGGGCGGCCAUGGCCACCGCAGGAGGCAGGCAGUUCCACCAGCAGAUCCAGCAGCACCAACAGCGGGUGGACACCCCGGUGACGCCCCCACCGCCCAUUCCGCGUCGCCUUCUGCGCGGCAAGUCCGCCUGGCAGGCGUCCACGCCCCACCCACUUCCACUUCCUCCUUCGGCUGGCGGACAGGAAGGCGCCCAUGGCACGGGCACGGGCACAGUGUUUGUUUAUCCGCAGCCAACGAACGUGACCACAGAGGCAGUGGGUCGGGGAUCGGGCGAUGGAGGAGGAGGAGCUGGGCUGCAAUCAGCGCUGCUUGUUGACAUAGCCACACGUCCUGUGCCCGGAUAUGCGGAUGCCGAUGGGAUUUCCGAUGACGACCGCAUGAGUCUGGAGAACUCCGUGUUUGACGAGUCGCUAACCUCCACGCCCGUCAAGGUCGCCGGCUAUCUGGCCGGACGCUACUCCGGCCUGAGCCACAUGGCCAAGCGGGCUCAGCGCUCCUCCAGCAGCACCGUGGACUCGGCCUACGGCUCAUCGCUGGGCGGGCACAGCGAGCGUUUUGCCAGCAGCUCCACCAGCGUGGACUUUCGCAGUCGCUUCUCCUCGGUGGACACGCAGUCCUCCCUCGACGAGAAGCCCCUGUCCAGCUCGAUUGACUCACCUUUGGCCAGGGACUCCAGGGAUGCGUACCGAGAUGCCAUGCACAAGCUGAACAACAAUAAUACCAGCCUGGGAUUGCCCCUUUAUCCGGCCAGUAAUAAUAACAACGGCAGCAUUAUCAGCAGCGGAGGAGGAUUAGGAGUUGGGGGAGCUGAUGGCUCCAAGUUACCAGUGGUUCCUGCUCGCAAGCAGCCACCUCCUCUAAAGGGCAGCGGGAACAGCAACAACUCGGUGGGCGAGACCCAAUCCCAGAGCUCUUCCUCCAAGGAACCCAGCAGCGUCUCGGCAUCGGCCUCCACUUCGUCCGCCGCCUCGGCAGGAUCCAGCACCAUUUCCAGUGGCACUAUGUCAUCCAUGUCGGGGACAUGCCCGGCGACUAUGCCGUCUACCGACUCAACUACCAAACGUCCAGGGCCUCCGGAGCCACCAUUGCGACAGGCCAAUGUCUUUGAUCUGGUGGAUACGGGCUCACGGGGUCAUCCGCCUCCUCCGUUGACGGUGCGGAACAAGUUGGUCCGCAACAACAAGCCGCCACCCAUCACCUAUCCACGGAUGCAGCAGCGUCAGGACUCCACUCUGUCCAGCGACAGCUACUCGAUCAGCUCCAGUCCUGGCUACAACUCCAAACUGAUGGAGGUUCCACUGUUGGGCUCGAGCCGCAAGUCCAAUGCUCCCGGCUCGGCCCAGCGACAGACUCCUCUCAUGGAUUUGGCACCAACGCGAUUUUUGGGAGGAUCCUCCUCCGGAAAUGGAAAGCAGGCUCCCGCAGUACCGCCGCCCAGGGGCAAGAUCAACUUCCGGCAGGACUCGACCAUCUCGAGCGACAGCUUCAGUCAGACGUCCAGUCCGGGCUACAAUCCCAAGCUCAUGGAGGCGCCUCUGCUGCCUUCCUUGUCCGCCAAGCGAUUGUGCAGUGCUCCUGCUCCGAUUGUAUGCCGCCAGGGAGUGCAGCACGAGCCCAUUGAGGAGUUGGAACCUCCGCAGACGAUCUCGCCGCUCCACAAGACGGCUGGCCAACCCAGCAGCCUCCAGACCAUAGUGCGCUUCCAGAAUGGAGCACCGCACACCAUGUCCUUGCAGCACCAGAUUAUAAACCGGCGGAAGAGCUCCAAUCCGUACAUCACCAACGGCCGCUUGAAGUUCCGCCUGUUCCAGAUCCUGAUCAACGCCUUCGCCCUGCUGGCCAUCGCCGGGGGUCUGGCCGCCUACUUUAAUGCCUAUCCAACUAUCAAGUUCGUCAACAAGACCAUCAUCAAUACGAUCCAUGUGGAGGACACUACGAGUUUCGGCAAGAAUCCAGCCCCAGGCACUUGCCUGCCCAUCAUUGUGCGCUUUUGUCAGGGUCCCCAGAUCCCCUACAACUACACUGUGUUCCCCAACUACAUCGGUCACUUUGGCCAGCUGGAGACGCAAACGGACUUGGAUUCCUAUGAGGCCCUGGUGGAUGUGAGGUGCUACGAGCUGGUGUCCCUGUUUCUUUGCACGCUUUUUGUGCCGAAGUGCGGCCAGAGCGGCGCCACUGUGCCACCUUGUAAGACCCUCUGCACAGAGACGAUGCGCCGCUGCGGCUUCUUUUUCGACGUAUUCGGAUUGAGUUUACCGGAGUACCUGAACUGCAAGCUCUUCAAGGACUUUCCCAGUCCCGAGGAUUGCGUUGGUGUGGAUGAGGUCCGCGAGGUGAUGAAGGCCGCCACGCAUCCCAAGUGCGAUGGCUUCCAGUGCGACCAGAAUCGGUGCCUGCCUCAGGAGUACGUAUGCGAUGGCCACCUGGACUGCAUGGACCAGGCGGAUGAGGCCUCGUGCGAACGGUGCGGUCCGGACGAGAUCUACUGCGGGGAUAGCCAGUGCAUUGGUACGAAGCACAUAUGCGACGGGAUCAUCGACUGUCCCUACGGCCAGGAUGAGCGCAAUUGCCUGAGACUGAGCGAACGGAAUGGCGAUGUGGGCACUGGUGUUCUGGAGGUCUAUCGCAUCGGUCAGCGGCAGUGGAUGCCUGCUUGUGUGAAGAACUGGGAUCGGGCGGUCUCGCCCAGCGCUGUUUGCUCCAUUCUGGGCUACUCGGCUGUAAAUGCCACCAGUGUACUGACCCAACGUACUCAUCGCCCGCUUCUGGCCUCUGUGAAUGUGUCCACUGACAUUUGGAAGAUGUACGCCAAAAGGAAGUCAACUUUGAUGCAGGAGUUCGCCAACUGCAAGAAGUCGGAGGACUAUCCGAUGGCCGAGCUCACGUGCUCCAAUUAUGAGUGUGGCCGAGUAAAACGGGGCAGGCACAAGCCUUCGAGACGGAUCAUAGGAGGAACCCAGGCAAGUCCCGGCAAUUGGCCAUUCCUGGCCGCCAUUUUGGGCGGUCCGGAGAAGAUCUUCUACUGCGCCGGCGUCCUUAUAUCGGAUCAAUGGGUGCUUACAGCCUCGCACUGCGUGGGAAACUAUAGCGUGAUCGACUUGGAGGACUGGACCAUUCAGCUGGGCGUAACGCGUCGCAACUCCUUCACCUACUCGGGUCAGAAGGUCAAGGUCAAGGCUGUCAUUCCCCAUCCGCAGUACAACAUGGCCAUUGCCCACGACAAUGACAUAGCCCUCUUUCAGCUCUCCACACGCGUUGCCUUCCAUGAGCACCUUUUACCCGUUUGUUUGCCGCCCCCGAGCGUGAGGAAUCUGCAUCCUGGCACCCUGUGCACCGUCAUCGGAUGGGGCAAGCGGGAGGACAAGGAUCGUGAGUGGAUUAUAGAGAUUUCCGGACUAAGUACAAGACAAAUCAUUCUUCUUUAUCCCACAGCCAAGUCCACGUACGAGUUUAUAGUGAACGAGGUGCAGGUGCCCAUCAUCACGCGUAACCAGUGCGACGAGUGGCUGGACAACUUGACCGUGUCGGAGGGCAUGGUGUGUGCCGGAUUCGACGAUGGUGGGAAGGAUGCCUGUCAGGGCGACUCGGGUGGUCCGCUGCUGUGUCCGUAUCCGGGGGAGAAGGAUCGCUGGUUCGUUGGCGGCAUCGUGUCCUGGGGCAUUAUGUGUGCUCAUCCCCGUCUACCCGGCGUGUAUGCCAAUGUGGUGCAGUAUGUGCCCUGGAUACAGGAACAGAUCGCGAAGCACACACGUCCCAUCAACGAGGAUCGGGUGAACAAGUACGACCUGCAUCCGGGUGGACCCGACAUCCUGUCCAAAAUAGCCACUGACCCGAUGCACGAGGGCAAGCCCCACCACUUCACCCACUCCAGGACAUCGUCCAAAAACUAAUUCUGGCCACGAUGAAUAUAAAAACUAAAGAGUAGAGCCAGAGUCAAGUCUCACUGGAACCGAGCAUAUCCACGAAACGAUUGCACAAAGUACUACACAUAUAAAACAAACAAAACACAGAACCGAUGGAUCCUGUAGGAUACAUACAUAUAUUUUGCUACUGAACUUAGGGUAUUAGCCAUCCGGCUAACACCGAUUUGGGCAACAUAAUCAUGUGUCAAUUUGCCGAAUUUAUUUGUCAAUUUUUUUACAAAGAGAUUUUUAUGAACCUAUGUGAAAUCCAAGGAAAUUAAUAACCCAGACAGACGGUAAUAAUUAACCCAAAAUGGGCGCAACUAUAUGUCAAUAUAACGCGAUUAAUAUAUUUACAAGUAAAACCAAGAUAACCUUUAUGUACCCGAUAUCUAACCACUUGAUAAUUGUGUCUAAAUACCCCGAAAACCCAGACAAUAAUUCGAUUUUGUAGCUGAAUUUUGUGUUGAAAAGUUCCGGACAAAAUGAAACUUGUAUUAUUAUAGGUAUUACUUCGGAGGAAACUAAAUUAUGACAAACGAAGAGAAACUCUGAAAAAUAUUGUGAAGUAUAAAUAGUAGAAUCACAGCUAUUGAGUGUUGACAACUAAAACAGUAAAUAAGCAAAUCAAUUGUAGAAAAUGUGUAACUAUAACUAAACCAAAGAAAAACAAGGAAAAUUUGCUGAUCUUGGGCAUUUGAUGGACGUAGUCGUAAGCUCCUCUCCAAAUAUGCUGUCUUAGAACACAGAAA